AUGGGAGAUCGGAACAAAGGGGUCGGCAUCGACGAGAGAACCAAGCCUUCUUCAACGACGUGUCCUUUGCGAGAUCUCCGGCUAAGGCACCAGCGAAAGCUUCGGCAAAGUCUAAUUCUCAUGAAAAGGGGAGGUGAAUUGAUAUAUGCUGGGCCAUUGGGUCAGCAUUCAACUAAAGUUAUUGAGUACUUCGAGGUUGUCGGAAAAUGGGUUUUCGAUGUUUUGGGGAUGAUUGCACUUGCAUGUUCAAGGAUUGUAGCAGAUUCAGAAUUAAAUUUGGAUAUCAUGCCUCCUCGAAAGUAUAUGUCUGGACAUGAUAAGCGGAUAAAGAAACAAAAAAUUGAAGAAUUCAAUCGAUCUCAAGCGGGAGCACUUGAAAAUUUUAUUACUUGUAGUAGAAAUAUAUAUUCUAAUUCAGUUCAAGAUUCGGUGAAUGUUGAAAAUGAGCAACCUGAAAAUCAAGAAAGCGAGGAUUUGGUUAAUGAAAAUUUGAAUGAGAAUAGAAAUUCCAUUGAAGAAGGUGAAGAACAUGAAGAUUCUAAUGAGAAUAGAAAUUUGAAUGAGAAUAGCAAUGUAAAUGAACAUGAAGAAAAUGUAAAUGAACAUGAAGAUUUGGUACAAGAAGAAAACCUUGAAAGAAGGCCUUCAAACAUAAAUGACCCAGGAAAUUGGAAAAAUAUUGAUCAAAGAUUGAGAGACUUACUGUUGUUCAAAAACGAUGCAAACAAAAUUCAAUUGGCAAAUGAUGGAGUAAGAGACUGGAGAAAUCUCAGUGCCAGACUUAAAAGUCAUGAAACAAGUAGUGAACACAUUGUUAACAUGAAGAGUUGGAUUGAAUUAGAGAUCAGAUUACGACAAAAUGCGACAAUCGAUAAAAGUGUUGAAGAACAAAUCAACAAAGAACGAGAACAUUGGAGAAAAGUACUAUUGAGAGUAGUUGAUGUUGUGAAAACACUUGCUAAAAAUAGUUUGGCAUUUCGUGGAGAUAAUGAGAAGCUUUAUGAAGAAAAUAAUAGAAUUUUUUUAAGUAUAAUAGAAAUGAUUGCCGAAUUUGAUCCAAUAAUGAAAGAGCAUGUUCGUCGAGUUCAGGAGAAAGAAAUUCAUUAUCAUUAUCUUAGUCACAAAAUUCAAAAUGAAUUUAUUCUUCGAAUAGCAGAUGAGAUCAAAAGUUUAAUCAUCCAAAAGAUUAAAGAAGCAAAGUACUUUUCUGUUAUUCUUGAUUGUACUCCGGAUGCAAGCCAUGAAGAGCAAAUGUCACUUAUAUUAAGAUGCGUGAAUAUUUCAACAAGCCCAAUAAAGAUGGAGGAGUUCUUUUUAGGAUUUUUAAAGGUGGAUGAUACAUCAGGACGAGGACUUUUUGAAGAACUUGUAAAUAUUUUGCAAGAGCUUAAACUUGAUAUUGGUGAUGUAAGAGGACAAGGGUAUGAUAAUGGUUCUAAUAUGAAAGGAAAACAUAAAGGUGUACAAAGAAGAUUAUUAGAGAUAAAUCCUAGAGCAUUCUACACACCUUGUGGUUGUCAUAGUCUUAACCUUGCACUUUGUGAUAUGGCAAACUCUUGUUCGCAAGCUUUAUCUUUUUUUGGAGUGGUGCAGCGCAUAUAUUCAUUGUUUGCAUCUUCUACAAAACGGUGGAAAGUUCUUACAGAUAAUGUUAAAGGUUUCACACUUAAGCCACCAUCACAAACUCGUUGGGAAGGUCAAGUUGAAAGUGUUAAAGCAAUAAGAUUCCAAGCUCCAGAUAUAAGAGAUGCUUUGAUUUACUUAGCAAGUUCUAGUGAAUAUCCUAAGACAAAAAGUGAUGCUGAGUGCUUAGCAACAUAUGAAAUUGAGAAUUUUGAGUUCUUACUUGGUAUGGUUAUUUGGUUUGAUAUUUUGAAUGCUAUUAACAAAAUAAGUAAAAUCAUGCAAUCAGAGGAUAUGCAGAUUGAUGUUGCUAUAGACCUUUUAAGAGGGCUCAUUUCUUUUUUUGAAAGCUACAGAGAAAAUGGAUUUGAAGCAGCUAUGGUUGAGGCUAAAGAAAUUGCAGUUAGAAUGAAAGUUGAACCCAUUUUUCGUGAACGUCGCAUCAUUCGUAGAAAGAAACAUUUUGAUGAAAAUGCUAGUAAAGAGAUGGCAAUGACAGCUGAAGAAUCCUUUAGAGUCAAUUACUUCAUAUAUAUCGUUGAUCAAGCUCUUUCUUCACUCAAGAGUAGAUUUGAACAGUUUCAACAGUAUGAUGAAUCUUUUGGUUUCUUGUUUAAUUUGGAGAGGUUGAAGUCUGCAGAUAAUGAUAGUUUGAAGUGUUCAUGUCUUAACCUUGAAGAUCUCCUAAAGCAUGACAAAAAUUUUGAUAUUAAUGGGACAGAAUUAUUUUCAGAACUCCAAAUCUUAAGAGAAGCAUUACCAAGAGGAACAAAAAAAGCAAUUGAAGUAUUGAAUUUUAUGGAAAGGCUAAAUUGUUGUUUUCCAAAUGCUUGGAUUGCUUAUAGAGUAUUAUUGACAAUACCAGUUACAGUUGCAUCGGCCGAGAGAAGCUUUUCAAAGUUGAAGCUCAUCAAAUCUUAUCUACGGUCAACAAUGUAA